GUGGUCGUGGGAGCUCGGUGGGAUAAAUUCAUUAUGACCGGUCUUGUACAAGAGAUUACAACCUGACUAAAGUAUGACGUGUGAUUUUGUGUCGGAGUACAAUCUUUUGAAAAAAUCAACAGCUGGUUAUAGUAACGACUGUCUUUACGAUGUAGCUGUACUAAAAUUACUUAUGGCACCUGUGCAGUCAAGCAACUUGGGUUAUAUGCAGCAAACGGAUAAGCCAAGAACUAUGAGUACAAUUGACUAUGGACAGACUGCCGAGGACCACCAGGGUUUAUUGGUCCUGGUCAAACACACAGGACAAGCAUUGUCACAGCAAAAAUUCAGAAAAGUAUGGGACCGGACUAAAAAGCUGAACUCGGUUAGCAUUCCAGGGCAAAACAGAAAUGCUUGGGUCAGAUACAAACAGCAUUAUCCAAAAGAAAAUAAUGAGUGGGGAGACUUUCAGGCUCACAGAAAGGUGUUGGGACUAAUUUCAGUUGGAGAGUGUAGAACUGUGGAGGAAUUCGAAGACUUAUUUGAUCAUUACAAAAAUGUGAAGGAGGAAUAUGCAUCUACACUGUUCAAUUCUCGUCUCAUUGUCUUUGGGAUGAAUAGAGAUGGAACACCUCUAGAGGAAGAAAUGGAUAACCCAGUUUUAUCCCUUCACUCCUCUCAGGAUAAAGCAGACAGCGAAGACAGUGGUGUCACAUCAGACAUAAGUCCAUCAGACAAUGUGGCAAUGCAUGAAAAGCCUUUGCUCAAGGAGACUAAAAGUGAUCCAUAUGGAUCUGUUUCAAAAAGCAGUUCAGAGGGGAAAAUCACUUUUGUUGGUAAGAAACCUCUGAAAAAACAAGAAAGCAGUCCAGUGCCUGUUUAUCAGUAUUCUCCCAUAUCGACACCACCUGGAACGCCCCCCUUACAGAGACCUCACAGCAACAGUCUUACCAAAGACAGCACUGGGGCAGAGGUCUUGUUCUUUCCCAGUAUCCAAGACUGUUCCGAUUUGGAGGAGAAGUUGAAGGAGUUUAUUGUGUCAUUAUUCUUUGUGUUGGAGGGUAAACGACUCGAUCGCUCUUUUGAACGCCAUGAUCGUAUUCAGCUUUUAUGUGCACCAUUUGAAAGAAAGGACUAUGUUGGAUUAGAUACUGACACAAAGUCUUUUAGAAAAAAGUGUCAAGGCAGACUACGCAAGCAUCUUGCUGAUCUUUGUUUACAGGCAGGUCUCCCCGGUGAAGCUAUUCUUCACUACGAAACUGCUAUUGACAUUCUACGCCCCGUCAAUGAUGCACUUUGGAUCGGAGCCUGUUAUGAAGGUCUUUCAUCAGCAGCUGUUGUCAUAAACUAUCCCAAGUCAGUCGCACUUUCUGGACUUCGUCGGAACUAUUUUUCACUGUCAUCAAAAAGAGGUUCAUCCAUGUUGAAUGAAGCUAAAUUAAGAACUGGUAGCUUGAACAACAAAACGAAUGGUAUGGAAAGUGCACCAGAGAAUUUGUCCAGGGUGGCUCCUGACCCUACAGACAUAAUGGACAAAUUCAGAGAGGCUUUGGGUCAUUACAGCAAGUUCAAAAGUGCAGCAGUUAUUGAAAUAGAGCUCAGUCUAAAAGCAUGCAGAGUCUUGACCAUGCAAGGGAAAUGCCUACAAGCUUCCACAUUUCUACAGAAUGUAAUUUACAUAAACUGCAAUAUUAGUGAGGAGGACAAGAUACUCAGAUACUGCACUCUCUCUGAGUUAUAUGCAGACAUUGGCUUCCAUCGGAAAGCAGCUUUUUUCAAACGGAUUGCUGCGAUGCAGUGCGUCUCAUCCCCCCAGGCCACACAACAGAACUGGAGUUGUUGCUACAGCCUACUUAUUCAGGCUCUAGACGGUUACAACAUUUCCCAUAAUUUGAUAGAGAGAUGUAAUGGUCCUCACUCCGGAUGGCCAGUCCUCCAAUCAAGGGUGCUAAAUGAACUCAUUUUUUCUGCUCGUAGAAUGGGUAAAAUACCUAUUGCAAUCAGACAUACUACGUUUAUGAUCCACUUUCUACAUCAAUUCAUGACUCUGAUGGAGAAGAGGGACAUAAGUCAGACUUUGGAGCAGUUAACCACACAGACAGAUGAUGGGAACUGUCAAUCACUUGCCCUGGACAAUGGCAUGAUCCUACCGCCCGUACCACUUACCACUAUACCAUAUGUGAAGUCUUUCAAGUUGAUUCGAAUGCGUCCACACUUAGAACCAGUCAAGUUAAAGAGGUAUGGAGAGUCCACCAACUCGGGACCUUUCAUCUUCACACCCCUGAAUCUGGGAAUGAGUAGAAAUGACAAAGACGAUGGGAAAAUGGAUUUUUGUCUGGUGGCUCGGGAUGUUUGUGAAGUGCAGUUACAAGUGUACAAUCCACUACCUGAUGAACUCAAAGUUACUCAGAUGGGUCUGAUAGUGGAAGGAGUGGAGUUAGAGCCUUACCCCUGUAACCCAUCUAUUCCAGCAGAGACCGGGCCCUAUCUAGUCAAGUUGUUAUGUCGGCCCAAGUCUGAGGGGGAGCUACACAUCAUAGGUUAUUUCACCAAAGUGAUGGGAGUCAAAAGUCAGUGUCGACUCAAAGAUCUCGACCAGUUGAACUUUGAUAAAAUCAAAGUGAGUGUUGUUCCUCCCCUGCCUCAGAUCAUGCUGACAACAUCACUGCCAAAGGCAGACAACUUUCUAUCAGGUGACAACAGUGAAUACGUUGUCACUAGUGGAACAACAGUCCUAUAUGCAGGACAGAGCAUGGAAUGUCUAGUCACAUUACAGAACACUAGUUUGCAGCCAGUGGAGCACGUGGAUGCAGAAGUCAUCUGUAAAAUAGAGGAAAAAGAUUAUUUAGGCCAGGUAUUCCAGUGGAGCAUGGAAAACAUUCAGUCACAACUUCCACUACAACCCAAUGGUAUUAUGUGCUUCACCCUGUGUAUUAAUGGAGUGUCAGACUUCUUGUCAGACAAUGUAGACCUGGAAACAGCCGACCAGUGUGUGGAGUGCCUGCUUCGUGUGGAGUACAGUGGAGGGGACGGAUUACAGGCCAGUCACUGUCGUCAGUGUGCUGUCAAUCUGUCAGUGGAUAUUUGUCCGUCUGUGAUAAUUCAAGUUUGGGAUGCACUCCCAGCUGAAAGAUGUGAUCAUUGUUACCUCAUCUUUGACCUGCUUAAUGCAUCAGGUCAUGACCUCUCAAUACAACAUUCCAACCAAGAAUCCGUAUCUAUCUUGCCAGGACACACUGAAAGAAUUGCUGUAGAAAUAGAACGCUGUGAUUUUCCCUCAUUACCUGACAUGACGUAUUUAAGGAAUCGAAUUAAACAAAGUAAAAAUACAAACCACUACAGCACCUAUUUGAACCAGUUUGUCGACAUACGAUGGAAAAUUCCAUCUUUAAAGGCCAGUGGAAAACUGUCCAUAGAUUAUAUUGAAUGGUCAGAAGAACAGCUUCGUCAAAUUCAGAUUUCCCCCAUUGAGUGGGAGGUUAAGCUGAAUGGUUCAUUUUUCCCCCAGAAAGGAGCUUUAGAAUGGUCUGUGUUGGACUGCCUUGAUGUGGUGGCAAGUGUUACAGUCAACACAGAAGAAUCCUGCAACAGAAGUGCCUUACUUUACAUAACUUGUCACCAAGAUGAUGAUGACUGUGAUAAUGUGUCAGUGCUGGGUGUCAACACUGCCUUCUUUGAAACAGUGAAACAGGGACAAUCUUUGCUCAUCAAUCCUGCUUUUUUAAUUCACUGUGGAGGAAUUUACACCAUAGACAUAAAAUGUGUGGUAAUAUCAUCUGAGGAAGUAGAGGAGACAUUUCAUUAUCAUCCAGUGAAACUCCAUGUAAUAGAGAUAGCGGAUUCAGCAUUUUAGUAUGCAGGCUUGUCUAAAAAUAAAAAAUCUUGUGCAGAUGAAGAUGUACCGGUAUUUAAAAAAUGCCUUCAAAACAAAACUAUUAACAACAGGUUAACGGGAUGGUUAACAAAAUAGCUUUAAUAAAAGCUUCAUAUUAAGUCUUCAGCAAACACUUUGUGCAUUGAAUAUUGAUCAUUCAUAUUAAUUUAGACUGAAUGAAAUAUUUUGUGAUUUAACAAUUGAUAUUAUCAUUCAUUUGCAUAUUUAGUUUGGUGCUUAAAUUUUUUUUUUUGAAUUUGUGAAUAUAUUUAUAAUAAAUGUAAAUUAUUGACUACUAUUUAAAGGCAUUUUAACUUCAGUUAAAUUUAUUUGUUGUUCAAAAAUAUUAUUUUUAUAUCUAUCAAUUAAAUCAUAAUGCAGAG